AUGUAUUUGCUUUGCACCUUUCUUGUUCUGCUUUCCUUUGGCGAUGGUUUUCAUCCUAACUGCCCUAGAAGAUGCAGCUGUGAUUCCAAACAAUCCAUCCAGUGCUAUAGACUUGUAGAAGUACCUUCAUGGAUGCCUUCCACAAUCAAGAGACUUUAUAUCAGCCACAGUAAGAUAAAAAAUCUCAAGUUAUCUAACAUCACCAAAACUCUGGCCCUGGAAGAAUUUAUCCUAUUGGCCAGUGGCACGGAGUCUGUUGAAAAUGACACCUUUAAAACCUUGAGCACAUUGAAGACUUUGGAACUCUGGAAAAAUAAAUUAAGACGAAUUCCUACUACCCUACCAAACAGCCUUGAAGUGUUGAAACUCAAUGAUAAUUCAAUAAAUGUUUUGCAUGAAUCAGAUUUUGAAGGCUUGAAAAAAUUACAAGUACUUGAGCUGCAAAACAACAUGGUAUCUGCUCUCUCUCUCAGCACACUCUCAUCUCUUGUUAAUUUGCAAAAUUUGGUAUUGGAUGGCAACAAUAUGGAAUCUCUGACUGGCCCAUUUAAACUUCCUCACUUAAAACAUCUGAGUAUGGAGAAUAACAAACUGCAUUUUCUACCAGGGAGCUUCUUUACAUCUCUUCAAUCUUUGCAGUUUCUUAGUUUAAGUGGCAACUCACUGACUAAAGUCCCUAAUGACCUGCCAAAGUCUUUGCUUUCUUUAAAGCUGGAGAGAAACCAGCUCCAAGUAGUAAGAUUUCGAGAGAUGAAACAUCUGGAGAACCUUUCUCAUCUUUUCCUUUCUGCCAAUUCACUUUCUUCUAUUGAGGGAGCCCACUUCCUACCUAAUUUAACAACACUUGAGAUAUCUCAGAAUCACCUUCAGACGUUGCCUUUCCGACUGCCAACAAGGCUACAGAAACUUGACUGUAGUAACAAUUUGAUUCAGAGAGUAACACUCCAAGACUUCCAGGACCUAAGGGACCUGAAACAUUUGUUUCUAGACAACAAUAUGGUCAGCUUAUUUGAGGUGGGAGCUCUUCAGAGAUGUGUUCAGCUUUCUAAUCUAGCCCUGGAACAGAACCUUCUGCUGUCAAUACCUCUCAGGCUUCCAGAUACGUUAGCCAGGCUAGAUCUAAAAGGAAAUGCCAUACAGGAUAUUGGUGAGCAGGAGCUAAAGGAUUUGAAGCAGCUACAGGUUCUGAAUCUUCGAAACAACAAGAUAUCUGCAUUAGAUCUCAAAGUCCUGGAAGGUUUACCUCGGCUCAGGUACCUCUACCUGGAUGGAAAUCCUUGGAACUGCACUUGUAAUCUUCUCAAGGCUAGAAGUGUCCUGAUGGCCAAGGGAACAGAUGUGAGAGGAGGGCAAUGUGUAGCCCCAGAAGAAAGACGAGGAGAGAGCUGGAUGUCAUCAAAGAAUAUCAUGAGACACUGUGAGGGCCAUUCCUAUCUCACUGAGAAGAGCAAAGAGAUCAGACAGAAACAAAACCCUGAGGACCAUCCUAGCAUAAGAAUGAACAUGGAUGAUGACUAUUAUGAUUAUGAAAUGGAUUAA